AUGAACUCAUGGUGUGUUGGUCGACAGCGACGCCAUGUGGAACAACAAAGCCAAACACCAGAAGCAUAUCAGCUGCUCCAAUCGUCUUGGAUGAGCCUGAUCAAACCAGAUGCACCCUCAAACUCGGUACAACUCGAAGAGGCAUCACUCCCCGUCACAGCUCCGCUUCGCCCACUCACGACCCUCAAAUGGCCGAAUGUGCCCCCUCCGCCUGCAAUCCCUGAUCCUCUGACGAUGAACGACCCCCAACCUUUACAAAUUCCUCAAUACGAAGCCAUAGCCACAUCCCGGAAGGUUCGCGAAUUGCUGGUUGAGAGUGACCUGCUCCCGAAAAUGCUUCGCUCGUUUGACCGGUUGCAAGGACCGGCGCGGGAAAGAGCGCUCGAAGCCGUUCUGGGUGUGAAGGCGAGCGCAAGCCAUACAGACCCGCGAUCGCCCCAUUUCGCGUUAGGCUGGCUACCAAAGGAGACGACAGACGAAGACCUUGGCAGGUUACGCGGGUUUCUCGAGCUAGUGGGACGGACGGUCGAUGAAUGCCCUGUGAAAUUGACACCGCCUGCGGGAUCGGGAAGCCAGAAACCGCCAUCGAUAGCCGACGCAGCAACGCUAGAUCGUAACGUCUCUUAUGACACAUGGCAGGGGGCUCGGGUGGCGCUCGAGGUGGAGGAACACAUCGCGCACGACUGA